GGACAAGAGAGUUAAUCUUGAAGACUUGAACCAAAACGUAUCAGAGAAUCUCAGAACCUACCUGAGACGUCCAGACCAUCCAAACAGUGAGAGAAAUAUUGGCACAAUAUGAGUUAGCAAUUUGAUGAUAAAGGGUGCUUGAUAAUUGGAAGAAUGCAAGCUUGUCUUAAAUGAAGGGAGAAAAAGAAAUUUCUUUCUGAAUUGAUUCUUCUGUUAUGUUAUGUAUCACAGCACCCCAAACAUCAAAUAUAGAAUCAAUGAAAAUGGAAGGAAAAUUUAUUUAGGCUGGCUAUUUAUUCCUGUGUUAUAGAUUUAAUUCUUGUAUUGAAUCCCUUCUCCAGAUGUUGGCCUCAUUUUAUUUUCUUCCUUCGUUGCAGCUAUCAUCAUUCCUGGUUGAAAGCAGAGAAAGUUGCAGUUUAUAUUCCCUGUAAUUUCUAAAAACCAAGUUAAUUUCAUGUCUGAUCUUCAAAUUCCUAGUGCCUUCGAUCCGUUUGCUGAGGCAAAUGUUGAUAACUCAGGUGCUGGAGCAAAUAAAUACAUUCAUGUUCGUGUACAGCAACGUAAUGGUAGGAAGAGCCUAACCACCGUCCAGGGGUUGAAGAAGGAGUUUAGCUACACUAAGAUACUCAAGGACCUUAAGAAAGAGUUCUGCUGCAAUGGCACUGUAGUCCAGGAUCCAGAGCUUGGCCAGGUUAUUCAGCUUCAAGGUGAUCAAAGGAAGAAUGUGUCCACGUUCCUUGUUCAGGCUGGUAUUACAAAGAAGGAAAACAUAAAGAUUCAUGGUUUUUAAGCUGGUACGAAAUAGUUGUAGCAGUUUGAUGAUCUUCACAAGGCUGUAAUUCACUGCUACAUCUAGUUGAUGAUGAAUGUUUCAUACACUCCGUCUUCUUAUAGUUUUUCUUGUGUCAUGUACUACAACCAACAUCUGCUGAAUUAUGUCACAAUCUUUUCUCAACUGUUUGAUUUUCCCUCAUGUAAAGCUACUAUUAAUCCAGCCAGUGGUUCAUGGAGCUUAUGCUAGCUUUUCUAAUUUCUCCGCUCUAAGUUUUGAAGAUGAUGAAUUAUCACUGCAAUGUCUCGAAUCUUUCUGUAGUUGCAUCUUAUCUCUUCGACUGUCAAAAGCAGCAAACAUGGAUAUCGAAUUUCUGCUUUUAAAAAGUGGAAUCAGUAGUCAAAGACAUUUUGUGCGAAACUUAUGGUGAUUGGAGGAUAUUAUGUAGUGCUUUGAAGAAUAUCUGAAAGCAUUCUCAUGACACAGACAUUUUACCAAACACUUCCCGGACAUAAUCAUGUUCAAAUCUAUAUUUUCUAUUGUCCUUAGCUGUACUCAUUUGCCACCCCCAAAAAUGUUCACCCACAGGCUUUUUCUUCUUUUUAGGUAACUUGAAUGCAUGAUCAGGGCUUUGAAAUCAAGCAGGUUUAUACCU